AUGGGCUGCAGCUGCAGCAAAAACGCUGCGUUGGAGCCGCGCCGUCCGCUGCCAACAUUGUUGGGUGCUGUGCCGAAACACAGCGAACCAUCAGACCCCAAAGGAGAGAAGGAUGUUGAGAAGGCUCAGAAAGCAGAGAGAGCUGUGGAAGUUUCGUGCCAUGCCUCUGCAGGUGCGAAGUGGCAUUUGGAGCUGCUGGCUGUGAGCGCCGAACUGAAAGAAAAGCUGCAAGAUCCUCAAUUCGUGGCGACCCGCUGCGACUUGGAUGGGUCUGGCGAUCUCGAUGCACACGAGCUGAAGCAGGCGGCUCGGGUCUAUGGCAUCUCGCAGAGUGGCAGCUCCGAAAACCACGGCAUCAAUCCUCGUCUCAUGGCUGGGCAACGCGUCAGCAAAGAAAGCUUCGCUGAAAUGGUGGCCUCUCAAGGAAGCACCAAGCUGAUCAGAGCAGUCCCGCACUCCUUGCGUGGAAUGGCAUUGGGCCAGCUUCAACAUCUUGAAGCCUUGUUCAUCAGAACCGGAUGGCUCUCUGCGCGAUGUGAAUCCUUCAACGCAAAGAAUGCCCGUGCCAUUGCCAAAGGCAUGUGCGGAGCCCGUGAACAUGAUGAGCAGCAGACCAUUGCCGAAGCACGCGGAAUUUCAUCCUUUUCACAACUGGUGAAUCCAUUCGGCCUGUUUGUUCACUGCUUUGUCUCCCAUUUUUGGGGACACAACUUCACCAGCACUGUCACGGCUCUUGACUUGUGGGCAGAUUCGAACUACGACAAGCUGACCUCGGAGAAGGAGGCCUUGGUCUACUGGAUAUGCCUCUUUGCGUUGAACCAGCACGACGUGGCGGAGGAGGUGGGGGAAAAUCCUCAGCAGGGGCCAUUCAACGCAGCACUGGCGCAAGCCACUGGUGGUGCAGUGAUGGUUUUGGAUGAAGAAGUGAAACCAUUUUAUGUCAUGGCGCUCAGCGCGAACCUGGAACCUCCAGGCCUGUGGUGUUUACUUUGGCGCCUCGCCAAAGAUGAUGUGAUCCAGGAUAUUGCAGACGAGGGCUGCUACAGUUUUGGUUGGCGGCUGCUGCAGACGUGGCAGUCGCAACUCGCCAUACGGCGGGAGUUCUGUGGAGCUGAGCGCUUGGCCCAGCUUGUGGCAGGUGAGCUCGGUUCUUGCUAUUGGAUGAUGAGGCGCUUCCAUGGCAUGGCACGCUGCGUGCACUUGACGGCUGCUCUUCUUCAGGCCGUCUACCGAGUGGGGGUGGCCCCCAGCGCCUAUGGCGCCCGAAAGCUGCCUCCAGCCACUCACCUCGGUGGGCCCAGGCUGUGGCAGCGUUACAAAUGCCCAACAACAACAACAGUGAAACCAUUCUCGAGAAUCUGGUGCCUCUUCGAGGCUUCUCGGUUGAAGGACUUGCAGCGUCCCUUUGAACUGAUUUGCAGUGAGGGUUCCUUGUCCCAGCCUGAGAACGGUGGACGAAAGGCUGUGAGCGCCAAGAUGCUCGAAACCACAUGCCAGGCCUUGUGGAACGUGUCCACUGCCAAGGCUGAAAGCUCAAUAGCCAAGGACAAGUACCAGAUUUGGGGAGAAACGGCCAACGAAUCCUUCAGGAGUACCAUAAAGGGAGUGGGUGCCGAACUCUGGUUCAAGGAAAAGGGUGCCAAUGUGUUGGCGAUGAUCUUCAGCGACUUUGAUUUCUACAUGAAGUCUCUACUCUCCACUACGGUGCUGAAGGUCCUGAUGGCUAGGGGCGACUUUGCUUCGGCGGCCACGUGCUGCCUUCAAGGAGCAGAUGUUAGUUCUGAGCAGCUGGCAGAGAUUUGCAGCAGUUUUGCAGCAGAAACUGAGAGAAGAGCAUGGUUGAACAUCAUGCUGCGGCAGGCAUCCGAUGCAUCCAUGGCCAAGUUGCUUUUGGAUCACGGUGCCGAUGUGGCGGCAGCAAGCAACGAGGGUUCCACAGCACUGAUUUGUGCUGCUCAAGGUGGCCAUGAGGCCGUUGCCAAGUUGCUGCUACAGCACGGUGCCGAUGCGGCGGCAGCAAGCAACGAUGGUUUCACAGCAUUGAUGUUGGCUGCUCUAGGUGGCCAUGAGGCCGUGGCCCAGCUGCUGCUACAGCACGGUGCCGAUGUGGCGGCAGCAAUGGACGUUGGUGCCACAGCCCUGAUGUCUGCUGCUCGAGGUGGCCAUGUGGCCGUGGCCCAGCUGUUGCUACAGCACGGUGCCGAUGUAGCGGCAGCAACGAACAAUGGUUUCACAGUACUGAUGUGUGCUGCUGAAGGUGGCCAUGAGGCCGUUGCCAAGGUGCUGCUACAGCACGGUGCCGAUGUGGCGGCAGCAGGUAACGAUGGUUCCACAGCAUUGAUGUUGGCUGCUCAAGGUGGCCAUGAGGCCGUGGCCCAGCUGUUGCUACAGCACGGUGCCGAUGUGGCGGCAGCAAGUAACAAUGGUUCCACAGCAUUGAUGUCGGCUGCUCGAGGUGGCCAUGAGGCCGUGGCCCAGCUGUUGCUACAGCACGGUGCCGAUGUGGCGGCAGCAAGUAACAAUGGUGUCACAGCAUUGAUGUUGGCUGCUCGAGGUGGCCAUGAGGCCGUGGCCCAGCUGUUGCUACAGCACGGUGCCGAUGUGGCGGCAGCAGGUAACAAUGGUGUCACAGCACUGAUGUUGGCUGCUCACGGUGGCAAUGAGGCCGUGGCCCAGCUGUUGCUACAGCACGGUGCCGAUGUGGCGGCAGCAAGUAACAAUGGUGUCACAGCACUGAUGUCGGCUGCUCGAGGUGGCCAUGAGGCCGUGGCCCAGCUGUUGCUACAGCACGGUGCCGAUGUGGCGGCAGCAAAGAACGAUGGCGACACAGCAUUGAUGUUGGCUGCUCUAGGUGGCCAUGAGGCCGUGGCCCAGCUGUUGCUACAGCACGGUGCCGAUGUGGCGGCAGCAAGCAACCGUGGCACCACAGCACUGAUGUGUGCUGCUGCAGAUGGCCAUGAGGCCGUGGCUCAGCUGCUGCUACAGCACGGUGCCGAUGUGGCGGCAGCAAGCAACGAUGGUGGCACAGCAUUGAUGUUGGCUGCUGCAGGAGGCCAUGUGGCCGUGGCCCAGCUGUUGCUACGGCACGGUGCCGAUGUAAGGGCAGCAUUACGCGAUGGCAGGCUGAACCGGAGCCUUGAGGAGUGGCCAAGGACCUAUGCAUCUCUUUACAGCAUGUCACAUUGCCAUACCACCAGCCACUUGAGAUCGCAAAGCUUGGUGUUGCAUGAGCAUUUGGGGGUCUUCCGGCGGGGAGGCAUUGGUGCUGCGGCACACUUUGAAAGUUCGGAGGCAUCUCUUCCCCGGCUGAUGGAUGGUGGGCAGUUGGAAGUGGAAACUGCUGCAGCUCUCUGCAAGGCUGGGGGUGCCUUGCCAGAGAAGGGAGAGACCCAAGUUUCUUUUGACAUCUUUGCCUUGAACGCGGAACUCGAUUCGGUGAUGGGCUGCAGCUGCAGCAAAAACGCUGCGUUGGAGCCGGGCCGUCCUGGGCUGCCAACAUUGUUGGUGGCUGUGCCAAAACACAGCGAACCAUCAGACCGCAAAGAAGAGAAGGCUCAGGAGAAUGCUCAGAAAGCAGAGAGAGUUGACGAUGUUGAAGUUUCGUGCCAUGCCUCUGCAGGUGCGAAGUGGCAUUUGGAGCUGCUGGCUGUGAGUGCCGAGCUGAAAGAAAAGCUGCAAGAUCCUCAGUUCGUGGCGACCCGCUGCGACUUGGAUGGCUCUGGUGAUCUCGAUGCACACGAGCUGAAGCAGGCGGCUCGGGUCUAUGGCAUCUCGCAGAGCAGCUCCGAAAACCACGGCACCAAUCCUCGUCUCAUGGCUGGGCAACGCAUCAGCAAAGAAAGCUUCGCUGAAAUGGUGGCCUCUCAACGAAGCACCAAGCUGAUCAGAACAGUCCCGCACUCCUUGCGUGGAAUGGCAUUGGGCCAGCUUCAACAUCUUGAAGCCUUGUUCAUCACAACUGGGUGGCUAUCUACGCGAUGUGAAUCCUUCAACGCAGAGAAUGCCCAUGCCAUUGCCAAUCGCACGAAGUUCAGACAAGAUACCAAUCUUUAUGCCUUGGACACCUUUGUGGUGACUCCAAUGUCGAAGCCAGGCACGUGCGGAGCCCGUGAGCAUGAUGAGCAGCAGACCAUUGCCGAAGCACAUGGAAUUUCAUCCUUUUCAGAACUGGUGAACCCAUUCGGCCUCUUUGUUCACUGCUUUGUCUCCCAUUUUUGGGGACACAACUUCACAAGCACUGUCACGGCUCUUGAUUUGUGGGCAGAUGCGAACUACGACAAGAUGGCCUCAGAGAAGGAGGCCCUGGUCUACUGGAUAUGCCUCUUUGCGUUGAACCAGCACGACGUGGCCGAGGAGGUGGGGGAAAAUCCUCAGCAGGGGCCAUUCAACGCAGCACUGGCGCAAGCCACUGGUGGUGCAGUGAUGGUUUUGGAUGAAGAAGUGAAACCAUUUUCUCGCAUCUGGUGCCUCUUCGAGGCUUCUCGGUUGAAGGACUUGCAGCGGCCCUUUGAACUGAUUUGCAGUGAGGGUUCCUUGUCCCAGCCUGAGAACGGUGGACACAAGGCUGUGAGCACAAAGAUGCUGGAAACCACAUGCCAGGCCUUGUGGAACAUGUCAGCUGCCAAGGCUCAAAGCUCAGUAGCCACGGACAAGUACCAGAUUUGGGAAGAAACGGCCAACCAAUCCUUCAGGGGUGCCAUAAAGGGAUUGGGUGCCGAACUCUAUUUCAAAGGUUACAUAGAGCAAAAUGGGGCCGAUGCGUUGGCAGAGGUCUUCAGCAACUUUGAUCGCUACAUGAAGUCUCUACUCUCCACUACGGUGCUUCAGGUCCUGAUGGCUAGGGGCGACUAUGCAUCGGCGGCCACGUGCUGCCUUCAAGGAGCAGAUGUUAGUUCUGAGCAGCUGGUAAAGAUUUGCAGCAGUUAUGCUGCAGAAACUGAGAGAAGAGCAUGGUUGAACAGCAUGCUGCUGCAGGCAUCGAAUCCAUCCAUGGCCAAGCUGCUUUUGAAGAAGGGUGCUGACGCGAGGGCAGCCAGGCACGAUGGUGACACAGCGCUGAUGCGUGCUGCCGGAGAUGGCCGUGAGGCCGUGGCCCAGCUGUUGCUACAGCACGGUGCCGAUGUGGCGGCAGCAAGCAACAAUGGCUCCACAGCACUGAUGUCGGCUGCUCAUGGUGGUCAUGAGGCCGUGGCCCAGCUGUUGCUACAGCACGGUGCCGAUGUGAAGGCAGCACGGGACGAUGGUGCCACAGCACUGAUGUGUGCUGCUAUAGGUGGCCAUGAGGCCGUGGCCAAGGUGCUGCUACAGCACGGUGCCGAUGUGGCGGCAGCAAGCAACCGUGGCACCACUGCCCUGAUGUGUGCUGCUGCAGGUGGCCAUGAGGCCGUGGCCCAGCUGCUGCUACGGCACGGUGCCGAUGUAAGGGCAGCAUUACGCGAUGGCAGGACAGCACUAAGGAUUGCUAGGGCAAACCGUCAUGAGGCUGCUGAUGCGCGAACCGUGGAAAACGAGGUUCUUCAUGCAAUCGCAGACAGUGAGCGUUGCUUGGGCGCAUGGUAUGGUGUCAUCUUUAUGCUGAACUGGAGCCUUGAGGAGUGGCCAAGGUCGGCGCUAUGUGAGAAGGAAGAAGUGAUACCUGAUGGGAAUUUGAAAAUCAACGAAGUUCGGAGUACCAGCAUUGGUGCUGCGGAACGCUCUGAAAGCCCAGAGGCAUCUCACAAGUUGGAGGGUUGCUUGGAAGCUUCCCUUGCUUUCCACGAUAUCCACUGCCAGGGAAGAAAAGCACAGGCACAGGGAAAGCCACGACUGCACCGGCCCCCGGCCACCACCGAGACCUGUUUGGAACUCAGUGGUCAAACCAGGAAGCCACGCGGCACAGCCCUGGGACCCCAGCGAGUGGGGCAAACCCUGCAGGAAGCAGUUCGCAACCAUGGGCGAGUCGACUUGAUGCAGAAGAAG